AUGGAAGCUGUUGCCAACUAUGCGUUUACUCCAACAGAACCAGACGAAUUAGGUUUUGAGAAAGGUAGUACUUUGUAUAUUAUCGGGAUGGAAGAAGAUCCGAACUGGUACAAGGCAAGACAAGGUAAUCAGGAGGGCAUGGUGCCUGCGAACUAUAUUUCACUGUACCCUCACCCAUGGUAUGUACCUAAAUGUAGUCGACGGGAAGCAGAAGCUAGGCUUUUGGAGACUGAUCAGCACACCAAUCGUGAGGUGCAGCCAGAUGGAGCGUUUAUUUUGAGGCAAAGCGAAAAUGAUCCUGGCCAGUUCAGUAUAUCUGUCAAGGAGGGUUCAUCCGUGUUGCAUUUUCGCAUAUUUUUUGACCCAAACGGUAAAUACUACAUUUGGACAAAUAAAUUCAACUCAAUCAAUGCGCUAAUCGAUUACCAUCGUCAUCAAACCAUCUAUGGUGUAAAAGCACUCCUACUACGUGAUUGUGUAACAAGUAAAACGUUCGGUCCAGUUGGUUCUGGGCCUAAUGCGAUAUUUAACAAUCCCCGAGCUCAAACUAAUUCCGGUUCUAGAAUCGUUCAUGCACCGGUUACCGAUGGUGCGAACCUGGUGAGCAAAGAACAAUCUCAAAAUAUAACUAGUUUGCCGCCUGGUAUAGUGUCGACAAACCUAGCUGGACGACAGUGUGUUGCUAAAUUCGAUUUUAAUGCUGAAUUUCGAGAAGAAAUGUCAUUCCGUCGAGGUGAUUGUCUACUCAUACAUGGUGAAGAAGAUGAAAACUGGUGGUAUGCUGAGAUAAUCAGUACUUCUGGUGGUCAACCUUCUCGAGGCUUGAUUCCCGCCAAUUAUGUCGAACUCCUAUCGACUAAUACAUCUAGCUCCGCAGUUUCUAAUAUACGUAAUAAUCCAUCAAAAGUUUCACAGCCUUCUGCUCAAAUUGCCCGGGCCAACUGA